GUGUUUCGUGGUGCCUAUACGGUAGCAAGUGCUCCGUGUCCGCUGUUGUCUUGAAAGCAACUUGUUGGCAGAGAAUAUUGUCUGAUGCCUCCCCGCCGCAUGUGAACGUUUAGCAGCACGCGAGGAUAGCAUGCCUUAUCAUGAUCGCAGCGCAUGUCUGUCAGUGUAGCGAUACUGCAAUCUCACGUGCGAUCCUGAGCUAUCGCCACCACUCUUGCUGCAAUGUCCUUCAACGUCCUGCUCAUAGGCGCAGGGGAGAUCAAUUUCGGCUCUGUCGAGGGUCCGUGGAAUCAUACUUUACGGCUCGAACGGAAACUCGGGUCAAACCUCAAGGUCUUAUGCUUGAUUGAUCCGGACACAGACCGUGCAGCCGCACAGCUCAAGACCAAGCUAUCUGGUCCUGCCGCUUCUGCAUACGCCGAUUGUAAGAUCUUUUCGACAGUGAGUGAAGCCGCGAACGCCUUGCCCGAGACCCCCCAGCUCGCCAUCGUGGGUGUCCCGCCCUUUGUCCGCGGGAGCGACGCGCCAGGCAGCGACCUGGAGCUGCAGCUCGUGCGUGCGUUUUCCAGCUGUGCUCUCUUUGUGGAGAAGCCAGUCAGCUGUGGGCCCGCCGACGCAUGCUGGCGUGUGGCUGCCGAGCUGCAGAAGCGCCAAGUCCUUGUCACCGUAGGAUACAUGCUACGAUACUCUGCAGCGGUGCAGAUGAUGAAGCGGAUCAUUCAAGAGAAUAACCUCAUUGUAAUGGGCACCAAUGCAAGAUACGUGAUGGCUUACGAAUACGCAAGGAAACUCUCUUGGUGGAACAAAGCAUCUUCGGGCGGCCCCAUUGUGGAACAAGCGACACACUUCUGUGAUCUUUCCCGAUAUUUCGGCGGGGAUGUCUCGCUCCCGUCCGUCACAGCGCACACGGUCGAGCAUUAUGAGCCGCCUGGUCACCUCAAAGCGCAGCGGUUCGACGAGAGCCUGGUCCCUCCCGAGAACAGGCUCCCCCGCCUGACCAACGCAUCAUGGAAGUACACGAAUGGAGCGGUUGGGUCGCUGACGCAUGUCAUCGCUCUGCACGGAACCACAUAUGACACCGAGUUUGAGAUCUAUGCGGAUGGGUACCGGCUCAAAUUGAUGGACCCAUACAACAACCCCGUGUUGUCUGUCCGCCGACCAGGUAUAGAAACAGAAGAAAUUAUUCACUUCCCAGAGGACGAUCCAUUCUACUCCGAGCUAUCAACAAUCGUCGACGAAGUGCAGCAGUCGCCGAGACGCGCUGCGAUACUCAGCACGUACCAGGAUGCCGUCAAGACAUACGAAUUCACAUGGUGUAUCCGCCGGGCUGGAGAGCACUCUGCUCGCACGCAGCAGCAGAGUAAUGCGACAAAAUAGGCUUCGUGAUGACGGUAGAAAAGUCAAAUAGGAGACAUAGAACAUAUCUCUCAGUCAUGAUCCGGCAACAUAGCGGUGAUGAUCAAAAUCGCACAAAUAGGUUAAACAGGCUAGCUUAUCGCACUCAAUCUACCUUUCUCG